GAACAUGCCUUUGCACGGCUACACACAUGUUUUCCUGAAGUGGCGAGUGGCUUUCCCGUUCUACUACUAUGACCCCUGCUGAGUGACUGUGCAUCCGACACAUUGUAAGAGCCUGUUCAGAAGCGACAUUGAUGUGACCGGAGUGAUUGAUUCCCCUCAAUCCUGAGGAAGACACUGUUCACUUCGGAGUCAUUUAAUGUAUAGCACAUGCAUGAAGACCAUCAGAUUGAACACGGCAGGUGUUGUUAUUUCUAGGGAAACCUGCAAGCAACCUCGUGCAAUCUGUGUUCUGAUCAAUGGAUGAACGGAUAUGGAAAUGAAAGAUCGGGUUCGUUCUAAAUCUUUCUAGGGAAAAACAUGUUAUGGGGGCCUUUAAUGUUUUGACUUCUUCGUCGAGUCUGCGUGCAUUGAGCAGUUCCAGGUCAAGUACCUGUGUGUUUUGAUCGCAAACCUGAAGAGCAUUGCGAAAGCUUUUUCGGAGGUGAUCUUGAUGUGGCUGGUUCGUUGCUUGCCACCAUACCGCGAAAGGAUAGCAUCACUUCAGAAUCGCUUGACGCACAGUAGAGUCCUCUUCACUGCCUUUUGGGGUCUAUCCUGUAUCCUGCGGGGCUAUGGCGCGCUCGUACUGUCUACUUUGCCCCUCCAAUGCUGCUACCACAACUCACUCAGCUCCAUGCCGAAAUGGUGUACAAAAGACCGCUCUCCAUCGUCAGUCCGGAUUCACUGUGUCCGUGCCAUCUGCUGACUCUCUACCCUCGUGCUUGCGUUUGAUCUAUCGAGCGUCUAUAUUACAUCUCCUCUCAUCUCCAAUACUGCUCGUCUUAUUAUUCGCCCUCGUGAUCUUCCACUUCGGCAUCCUAGCAAUCCCCACCCCAUACAUCGACCCAACUUCUCCAUCUUUUGAUUGUGCUCAUAAAACUAGGACCAUAUGGAUCGUCAUCUGGACCUGCGUUGUGACCAUCCUUUCGUGCAUCUGGGCUGCUGUCCGUCCAAACAUCCCAAGCAUCAAAGACAACACUUGGAAAGUUUUCUAACAUCGUGCGAGGCUGAUGAUACUUGCUUUGUUGGUACCAGAGCUCAUCACCCUGUUUGCGAUGCGACAGUGGGUUUCUGCGCAUCGAUUAGCAGAGAGACACAAGGGGGCGGACCCAAGCGCAUGGGUUCUUUGUUAUCAUGGGAGGCUUAACGUUGUACGAAGGGGAUGUACCGAUCCAGACACUUGGUCCUGGCAACCUUGAUCAACUUGUUCAAGCUG